UUGGAUGAUGUCAACGCUUUAUGGUUGUCGUGUUGUUAAACCACCGAGCUCGACUGACGGUUGUGUUUUGGUUUUUAUCCAUAAUUUCGAAGAUUUAGUCUUUGAGUACGUUCUUGUAGAAGAGGGGUGAAGUGAUACGAGAUUCUACACGGAGAGCUGUCAGUGGUCAGAUGAGGGUUUUGGUGACUGGAGGCUCUGGCUUGGUGGGGAUGGCCAUACAACAUGUGGUCAAAGAGGAAAGGGGGGGCUACGAAGGGGAAGAGUGGAUCUUCCUCUCCUCCAAAGAUGCCAACCUCAUGAGCAUGAAAGAGACACGGGACGUGUUUAGGAAGCACCAGCCAACCCAUGUUAUCCACCUGGCUGCCAUGGUGGGCGGCCUUUUCAAGAACUUGAAGUGUAACCUGGACUUUUGGAGGAAUAACAUCCAUAUCAAUGACAAUGUGCUGCAGGCCGCACAUGAAGUUGGUGUAGUUAAGGUCGUUUCCUGUCUGUCCACCUGCAUAUUUCCGGACAAGACCACCUAUCCCAUUAACGAGACUAUGAUCCAUAACGGCCCACCGCAUGAAUCCAACUUCGGCUACGCCUAUGCAAAAAGAAUGUUAGAUGUUCAUAACAGGGCCUAUUUCGAGCAGCAUGGACACUGCUACACUGCGGUGAUCCCCACAAAUGUGUUUGGUCCCCAUGACAACUACAGUAUUGAAGAUGGUCAUGUGGUGCCAGGCCUAAUUCACAAAACGUACAUUGCCAAAAGUUGCCAGUUCGUUAUACCUUGUUGUCACGUUCCAGCAAUCCUUUUUUCCACGUCACUGACUCAUAGUAAGCCUAGUGUACUGACUCCUCCCCGUUUAUUAAACUACUCUUUUUUAAACUGUCCAUUGAAUUUGAGUCGUGCAUUUUGGGUCCUGUCCUUUGUUCCGACCAUGACAACUCCACAUCACCCUAAAAAUACCAUACCAACAGUGAAGUUUGGAGGAGGGAACAUGAUGGUGUGGGGCUGCUUUUCAGCAAAUGGUACUGGUAAACUUCACAUUAUUGAAGGAAGGAUGAAUGGGUAAAUGUACCGAGAUAUUCUUGACAAAAAUCUGCUGCCAUCUACGAGGAAGAUUAAAAUAAAACGAGGGUUGACAUUUCAGCAAAAUAAUGAUCCAAAACAUACUGCCAAGGAAACUCUCAAUUGCUUUCAAAGAAAACAAAUAAAUCUGCUAGAAUGGCCCAGCCAAUCACCUGACUCCUGAUUGAAUCCAAUCGAAAAUCUAUGGAAAGAACUGAAACUUUAGGUCCAUAUAAGAAGCCCACGGAACCUUCAAGAUUUGAAGACUUCUUGUGUGGAGGAAUGGGUCAAAUUCACAACAGAGCAAUGCAGCUAGUUUCUCCAUACAGGAGACUUCUUGAAGCUGUCAUUGCAAACAAAGGCUUUUGUACAAAGUAUUAAAUUCCAGUUGGCGUGUUCAAUACUUUUUCCCUGUGUCAUUUCACAUUAUUACACACAAUGUAGUUUCUGAUUUUAUUUGUUUUACUUUCUUUGUAUGUAUGGAUAACUUGGGUUGUUCCCAACAUCUGGUGAAAUUUUCACGUCAAUAGCAUCUUUGGAAAUAUAUUCGAGAAAAAUGGUGUUAAAUAUUUCAGCCGCUGUAUAGACAAACAACCAUUCACACUCAUAUUCACAGCUACGGGCAAUUAAGAGUCUUCAAUUAACCUACGAUACAUGUUUUUGGGAUGUGGGAGGAAACCGGAUUACCCGGAGAAAACCCACACAGGCACAGGGCGAGCACACAAACUCUACACAGGCGGGGCCGAGAUUUGAGGCAAUUUGAACCCAGGUCCUCAGAACUGUGAAGCGGAUGUGCUAACCAGUUGACCACCAUGCCGCCACUUUCGCAAAUAUACUUCUGAGAAAAUCUAAAUGCACAUUGUUGUUUAACUACUGCCAUACAGUCACUACUAGUUUUUCAGCAAAUUUUGUCAUAAUGUGACUGAGUAAAAACUUUCAGACUUAUUAGUAGACUGCCAGUAACGUCCUAUAAGAAUUUUGCAAUCCUUAUGCCCUGUUAAAUCAAAUUUGUGUGUCAUUGUAAGGUUCAUUCAUAAGAUCAUUUUAGUUGUGAUUUUUCUGUAGCCCUACGAUUGGUCAGCGACCAAUCCAGGGUCUACACGACUUCUCGCCCUAAGUCUCUUGGGAUAGUUGGGAUCACCUGCAGGCCAAAUGAGGACAGGCGGUAUAGAAAAUGGAUACAUGGAUGUUCUCUGGCCAUGAAAAUUCAUCAGCUUUUGGACAUUUUAAGUUUCAUCUUCAGUACAGUGAACUCCAGUUUAUCACAGGAGGUACUUAAUAACACUUUUUUUGUAAUUUUACCCCUCCUACACCCUUUAAACACACAAACUCAUUAAAACACACAUCCUUUGCUCCUGUUAUCACAGACUCGUAAAACAUCACUUUGAGGGAAUGAAAUGAAGACUUGCUCGCAGGUCUCCAAAUUAGAGGAACCGUGUGCUUGCUUCAAGCUAUUUGUCAAAUCCUAGUUGUUUACAGUAAAAGUGACACAAAACAAAAAAUAAUUAAGCAUUGUAUAUUUAAAACAAAUGUUCAUCCCAACCAUAUAAAGUCCACCACCAGAAUCCUAAUAUAUCAUGCGAAACGCCAUAAAAAGGCUAACGCAAUUUAGCAUCCGUUACUGCAACUACACUGAAGGCGGGCAACUCUUAAAUUCAGUUGGUCUUUUGUGUGAGGAGUGUGUUUCUAGACCUGGUCCAUCCGAAAGUGCCUUGAGAUAACUUCAGUUGUGAUUUGAUGCUAUAUAAACAAAAUUCAGAGCCACCUGUAUACUGUAGACCUAUAAAAAAUUAUCACUUCAAAAUCCGCGAAAUAGCGGGGGUGCAAAAGAUGAACUGCAAUAUAAUGGGAGUUCACUGCGCAGAGUAUCCAUACCUACAUACCCACUGGACUCUUACAAACUAGAUUUGUCCCAUACAUUCUUUUAAAUUAAAAAGGGUUUAUGAAAAGGAAAUGAAAGGAUUUUCCCUCUAAUUUACCAUUUCUAACCUUUGUAAAGAAUAAUAGUUUAUUAAGUAAAAAUUUUGUAUAUAUAUACAUUCCAAGGUUCUGUCUGUUUGUAAUCAACUCAUAGACACUGAACUCUUUGUUAAACAUGCAAUUUUGUAGUCACGGAAAACCAUAAAACCAUUAUUUUUAUUAUUGCUUGGCCACGGCAGGAUACAUCCAGAGUAUGUUCUACAUUCCUUUUGAUGGUAAGGCCCCAAAUAUUGAUUUCACUUAUAUUUAGUUGAUUUAUGAGUUUCAUAUACAACCCCAAUUCCAAUGAAGUUGGGACGUUGUUAAGCAGAAUACAAUGAUUUGCAAAUCAUGUUCGACCAAAAUUUAAUUGAAUACACUACAAAGACAAGAUAUUUAAUGUUCAAACUGAUAAACUUUGUUUUUAGCAAAUAAUCAUUAAAUUGGAAUUUUAUGGGUGCAACACGUUCCAAAAAAGCUGGGACAGGGUCAUGUUUACCACUGUGUUACAUCACCUUUUCUUUUAACAACAUUCAAUAAACGUUUGGGAACUGAGGACACUAAUUAUUGAAGCUUUGUAGGUGGAAUUCCCUCCCAUUCUUGCUAGAUGUAUAGCUUCUCUGUUGUCGCAUUUUACGCUUCAUAAUGCGCCACACAUUUUCAAUGGGAGAGAAGUCUGGACUGCAGGCAGGCCAGUCAAGUACACACAUUCUUUUACUACGAAGCCACGCUGUUGUAACACGUGCAGAAUGCGGUUCGGCAUUGUCUUGCUGAAAUAAGCAGGGGCGUCCAUGAAAAAGACGUUGCUUGGAUAGCAGCAUAUGUUUCUCCAAAACCUGUAUGUACCUUUCAGCAUUAACGGUGCCUUCACAGAUUUGUAAGUUACCCGUGCCAUUGGCACUAACACAGCCCCAUACCAUCACAGAUGCUAGCUUUUGAACUUUGUGUCCAUAACAGUCCAGAUGGUUCUUUUCCUCUUUGGCCUGGAGGACACAACGUCCACAAUUUCCAAAAACAAUGUGAAAUGUGGACUCGUCGGACCACAGAACACUUUUCCACUUUGCAUCAGUCCAUAUUCGAUGAGCUUGGGCCCAGAGAAGCCGGCGCAGUUUCUGGGUGUUGUUGAUAAAUGGCUUUUGCUUUGCAUAGUAGACUUCCAAGUUGCACUUAUGGAUGUAGCGCCAAACUGUAUUUACUGACAUUGGUUUUCUUAAGUGUUCCUAAGCCCAUAUACUUUAUACAUUGAUGUCGGUUUUUGAUGCAGUGCCGCCUGAGGGAUCGAAGGUCACGGGCAUUCAAUGUUGGUUUUCAGCCUUGCUGCUUACAUGCAGUAAUUUCUCCAGACUCUCUGAACCUUUUGAUGAUGAUAUGGACCGUAGAUGAUGAAAUCCCUAAAUUCCUUGCAAUUGUACAUUGAGGAACAUUGUCCUUAAACUGUUCGACUAUUUUCUCACGCACUUGUUCACAAAGAGGUGAACCUCGCCCCAUCUUUGCUUGUGAAUGACUGAGCAAUUCAGGGAAGCUCCUUUUAUGCCCAACCAUGGCACCCACCUGUUCCCAAUUAGCCUGUUCAACUGUGGGAUGUUCUAAACAGGUGUUUGAUGAGCAUUCCUCAACUUUUUUGCCACCUGUCCCAGCUUUUUUGGAGUGUGAAGGCAGCCAUAAAAUUCAAAGUUAAUAAUUUGCUAAAAACAAUAGUUUAUCAGUUUGAACAUUAAAUAUUACAUUGUAAAUGUAUUCAAUUAAAUAUCGGUUGAACAUGAUUUGCAAGUAAUUGUAUUCUGUUUUUAUUUAUGUUUAACACAACGUCCCAACUUCAUUGGAAUUGGGGUUGUAGGAGAGUGUAAGUUGAAUUCUUUUUACAUGGUUUCCUCUUGAGGAACAGCCAUGCCUCAUGACACAAAAAAAGAAAUGCAUUGGGAAUUCACAAAAACUUUAAAAGGCAAAAACCUGUUGACUGGAUGUUCCUGAUGUUGCAAUUGUUUACAAACCAACCGAUGAUUCGGAUGAGAAAAGCGAACUUCAGGUGUGAAAGCACCCUCAGUUUUACUUAUGAUUAUGAUCUCGUUUUCACAAGUCCCAGUAAGCUGUAGGCUCUUUUGAUUUAUGUGAUAUACUGUAUACAUUCGAAAUAGACUUAUUUAGGCCAUUUUACCACAAAUUAAAACCAUUCUUAAGGGUUUCAAAGGUUUCUGACAUGCAAUGUUCAAAAUACCUAAAUGAUCAAGAAUUACAUCACUCUUUUUAACACCCCUACAAUUUAGUUUAGUACAUCUGUUGCCAGGGACUGAUCCAUGCAAACAGGUGUUUGUGUACUUAACAAUA